UGACAACAGCCACACGUGAUCUGCCAACACUGAGUCUUACCUCGCUGUGGCUUCCGAGCCGCCGUCGCUCGCUCCCUUCUCGGCAGUGGUACCUGUUCCCGGUGGCCCUGAGGACGUGCGGGCCAGGUACGGCCCCGAAAGUAGGAAGAGGAGGGGGAGCAGGUAAGGGACCCGGAGGGGGUCCCUGGGGUUGGUGUGGGGGAGCGGCCCCGGCCUGCGGAUGCCCCACCUCCGGGGAGCCGCGCGGAGACGCAGCCGGUCCACGAUGCAGCCCCGGGGCCCCGCCGCGGGACCGCGAGCCUUGCGUGAGCGGAGGGGUGUCCGGCCCCGCGGGAGCCGGCGAUCCUGAGGCUACGACCCUUCUGAAGCACCUGCCUUCGUCACCAGCACAAGCUUUUCCGACACCCCUGCUCCGCCCUUCUUGAUGCAGAAAAUGGUGGUCUGCGGGGCCAAGUGUCGCGGCGACGCACCUCACGUCGAGAAUCCGGAGGAGGAGACUGCAAGGAUAGGCCUAGGAGUAAUGGAGUCCAAAGAGGAACGGGCGUUAAACAAUCUCAACGUGGAAAAUGUCAACCAGGAAAAUGAUGAAAAAAAAGAAAAGGAGCAAGUUGCUAAUAAAGCGGAGCCCUUGGCCCUCCCUUUGGAUGCUGGUGAAUACUGUGUGCCUAGAGGAAAUCGUAGGCGGUUCCGCGUUAGGCAGCCCAUCCUGCAGUAUAGAUGGGACAUAAUGCAUAGGCUUGGAGAGCCACAGGCAAGGAUGAGAGAGGAGAAUAUGGAAAGGAUUGGGGAGGAGGUGAGACAGCUGAUGGAAAAGCUGAGGGAAAAGCAGUUGAGUCAUAGUCUGCGGGCAGUCAGCACUGAUCCCCCUCACCAUGACCAUCACGAUGAGUUUUGCCUUAUGCCCUGAACCUGAUGGUUUCCCUGAAGUUAAUAGGGAGACCCCUGCUUCCUAAACUUACACAUUUGUGGUGUACCUUUGUCGUAAACGUUUUGAUGUUACCUAUUUCUUGUGGGUCUCCUAUUACCAGCUUCUAACUGAAUGUUGUUUUUGACCAGGUUUGUAAGUUUCUGUCAGCAGGGGAGUUUUACCUAUUGCAUGGAAAGAUGCUCAUUAUAUAUUGUGAAGUUAAUAAAACAGUUUUAAAAAGCA